UCAGUAAGAACAAAAGAGGCUUCCUUGUUUGUGCUUAUAGAAUACACUGUGUGAAUUAGGCUAAUGUCAAGAAAAGGCUAAGCCGGGGAACCCGUGACCAUGGCCGAGACUGCACUGGUGCCCACCCAGAUGGGGCCGGAAGAACACUACCACACAUACACCGAGCUCCUGGCCAUCUCUCAGCGCUUCAAACAGAUACCUGAGGAGCCCAUGAUCACCUGGAUCCUGCGGGUAUAUGACCAGGAUGGCUCAGCCCUGCCCCUGAAUUCCCAGGAGUUCCCACUGCUGGGCGACCUGACCCAUGACACCAUCUUCAAUUGCCUCUGUAAGGGCCUGCGUGGUGGCAGCAAGACACUGCUCACCUGGCUGCUGCAGGCCUGGCGCCAGCGCUGGAAAUCCUUUGUGCACUUUGAGGUCACCGAGCUGCCCUUCGGGCCGUGGCUCACUGUGGAGCAAGGCAUCCAGCUUGCCCGCCAGUUGGGCAUGCUGGACUGGAUCUACCGCAAGCCUGCAUCUGAUCAGGCGCCAUAGCCUGCGCCCGAUGAUGUGCCCUUCACAAAGGGCCUGCAGCAGCGCCUGCUGGCCCUGGCCAGGUCCUCUGAGCACCGGCUCUCUCUGGGCAGCCUGCUGGUCAAGGGCAUGACAGUGCUGGAGGUGGUGAUGGAGAUCCAGGCCAGAGUCCAGCUCAAGGACCACCUGGACUGGCUCCGGAGCCAAGGCAUGUCCAAGGAGAGGGUGGACAAGGAGCCCGCCCAGGUCCUCCUGGAUCUGUACAUCAAAGAGGCCAUGAGCAGCCGCAGCCUCCCAGCCUACAUGCUGGAGGAAUAGAAGCUGCCCCUGGGCCCUGGCUAGGAGCCCCUAGCUUCCAGGGCCGGAAGCUGGGACCUCAAGGGGGAGGUGCAAAGCCCCCCGAGAGGCCCCAGGAUGGAAUGAGAAACUGCCCACCUGCUCUUGAGCCUCCUGUGGGCAGGCCACCCCCACAGUUUUUUAGGAGACCAGGAGAAGGUGUCCUUGCCCCUAGCCACCCCAUGAGUGUCACUGGCCAGAAUUGGAGGAUGGGAGUGAGCUGGCUGGGCGCACAGUGGCUCUUUAGAGACCCCAGCCCACCUCUUACAUUUCAGCCCAAAUGGCAUAGUGGAUGGGCACCCACCCCUAUGCCCACAGGCCCCCAAAGCACUACAGGCCCAGUGGAGAGACCUCAUGGCCCACCACAAGAAGUUUGUACCAUUUUUGUUACGUUCUGUUUUAUUUAAUGCAUUGUUUUUACUUAAUACUUUAAGCAUAUACAGCACUUUGGUUUUAAGGACA